AUGCCGGCAAUUACUGAGCCUCAUGAUGAGUUCAUGGGUGCCGUUCAGCAGAUCAUCCUGUCAUCGUCAGAGACAGACUACAUCGACCAGUUGAUUCCGGUGAUGCGUGAUGUCAGAAACUCGGAACGUGCAAAUCAUCUCAUCCAGGCUCUGACACAAGUCUCGAACGAUCGACAAGCCGAGAUUGAACGUAUCUGCAAUACCAAUCAUCAAGAAUUCAUCAACUCUGUCAAUCAGCUUCAGCGCGUCCGGGAAGGCACCGUCACUUUGACAGCUGAAAUUCUGAGUCUCAGUCAGUCCAUCGAGGCCAGUACCGAAAAGCUCGCCGAGCAGAAGAGAGCAUUGGUCGAUUCCAGGGGUGUCAGGCAAAACAUUGAUGAUGCUACCCAAGCCUUAAAAGACUGCCUCGAGGUAUUGCGGCUAGCAAAUCAAGUGCAUGAUCUGCUUCAGGAGAAAAACCGUUACGCCGCACUCCGAGCUUUGGAUGAGCUGCAGAAUGUUCAUCUCAGGGAGGUUACCCGCUACAUGAUUGCAGGCAUGAUUGAGCGCUCAGUACCCGCGACCCAGCGUCUGAUCGCUGAGGCUGUAAUGGCAGACCUGAACACAUGGCUUUUCCGAAUCCGAGAGACUUCACAGUUCCUGGGGGAGGUUGCAUUCUACCAUACAGAGAUGCGUCGAACCAGACACAAGAUGAGGUUCGAGGAAAACCCUGAUCUCGGCAACUUCAAACUCAACUCAGCCGUGGAAGCUGCUGCUGAUGAGAGCGAGGAGUUUGAUGUAUUGAACAACGAAGAGGUGCAGGUCGACUUUUCUCCUUUGUUCGAAGCUAUUCACAUACAUGACGCGUUGGGCCAGAGCGAAAAGUUUCGCCAGGACUAUUCGGCAACCAGAAGGAGACAGAAGGAGCUGCUCCUACCUGCGACUCUGGAUCUGCUAGAUGAGGACGCAGGCGAGUUGAGUACUCUGCUAGAAAGUAUUGCUGGGUUUGCCAUUGUAGAGAAAGCUACCAUGAUGAAGACGGAGAACUUGCGAUCAUCAGCAGACGUUGAGGAGUUGUGGGAUUCGAUGUGCCAGAGUGCUAUCACACUUGUUAGCAAGGCCCUUCCAACCAUCGACAACGACGAGAGACUGUUGAAAAUCAAGGGUGUCAUCGCGCUCUUUGUCCAAACCAUGGGAAGCUGGGGCUAUUCUGUUGAUAGUCUCGAUAGGCUGCUCCUCAAAAUUUUCGACAAGUACGCUCAAUUACUGAAGCAGAGGUUCAGCGAGGAUUUCCAGGAGAUUGUUUCGACCGACGAUUACAUGCCCAUGCCCAUCAACAACCCCGAUGAGUACGACAAGGUCAUCAACGUCAGUUGGUACACGCCAGAGAAGGAUCGUGAGCAGCAAAACUUCCCUUGUGUUCUCCCCUUCUCACAGAUGUACCCGCUUUGUUGCAUAGACAUCCGAAACUUUUUGAACCAGAUCUAUUUGUUCUCCGACGAUCACUUCCAGAAUUCUGCAGUAAUCGACGAUACACUCAAAAGCUCUUUGGACGAACUUCUUUGCCACAAAGUGUGCAGGUCACUGGUCGAGAGACUUUCAUCACAAUAUCCCGGACAGAUUGUCCAAAUCCUGACCAACCUCGACCACUUCGAGACAGCAUGUCGCGAGCUGCAAGAGUUGCUCGCGGAAGCCCGCUCGUCAAGCAGCGCAGCCGGCCCAAUCGUGCUCGCCGCGACAGAAGAAUUUACGACAGCCAAAAAGGCAGCCGAGAAGCGCAUCUUCGAGCUUGUUAACAGCAAGAUUGAUGACUUGAUCGAAACGGCCGAGUAUGACUGGAGCUCCACCUACGAGCCACCAGCUGCUUCACCUUACAUGCAGGAAUUGACACGCUAUCUCUCCGACGUCAUGUCCAGUGUAUUGCUUGGGUUGCCGGUGCAGAUCAAAGAGCUUAUCUACUUUGACGCCCUCGGUCAUAUCAGCAAUGCCAUUCUUGCUUUGCCGCUCGACCCUUCCAUUCGCCGUCUCUCGCCCCAGAGCGUAACAGCUUUCCGCCUCGACACCGAGCACUUGAUCAACUUUGUCCGCAGUCUCGACAAUCCAGUGCUCAUGGAGGGCCUUGAUGAGCUGCGCCAGACAGUUGAGCUCAUGGCUGUAGCCAAGGAAGGCGAAGGUCGCGCGGAAGAAGAGUUCUUUGACGUUGAAAAGGGACGCAAAAGAUUUGGCAAGGUGGAUAAGAUGAAUGGAGCCGAGUUACUGGAGAAGGUCAGCCAGGGAGUCGAGGCACAGAAGGCAGCUGCAGUUUCUCAAGCGGCCAGUCCAGUUGACAAGAAGCCGACUAUGAACUUCCCGGCCUUUGCGAGCAGGUUCAAAAAGGACAAGGAUGCUUCAUAG